AAGCCUUGCCUUGCCUCAGAACACCCCAAACUUGACACCAUGAAGAUCCCAGUUCUUGCUGCUGUGGUUCUUCUCUCUCUCCUGGCGUUCCACUCUGCUCAGGGGGCUGCCCUGGGCAGUUCUGAGGUGGCUAGAAGCGCCCUGCUACCUCUGGAGCUUAGGCCAUAUCAAGAAUCCUUAGGAGCCAAUCUCCAGCCAGGAAAAAUCCUGAGGUCCUCUGUCCCCACCUUAUCGCACUGUGCGGGGGACGGGGGAAUGUCCAUGCUGGAUUCGCAAGUCUACGAUAGGGGUCACAGACUCCACCGCUUAGGAUCCCAGCAAGUGAUGUCGGAAGGAGUCACCGUUGGUAAUAAUGCCGCAGGAUCCAAGGAGGACUCUUAUGCACAGUUUCUGGACAUUGACAAGUUGCGAUCUGUUUUUAAGGCCAAUGAAUUCCUGAACUGGAACGCCCUCCUCCAGUCUGUCAAAAGGAGACUUCCUUUCCUCAACUGGGAUGCUUUUCCUAAGCUGAGAGGAAUGAUGGGUGCCUCUACCGAUGCCCAAUGACCAGCGCCUUC